AUGUAUUUAUCGUAUCAAAUUUUGGUGUUAAUUAUCUUACUGACGUUUUCGACAUUUCUUGUUAAUGCCAAGAAUCCUAUUUUAGUCGGCGCUAAAACCAUCGACGAACAGGGAAACAGCAAAACUAAAAUUGAAUUCAACUGCUGCAAUUAUACAAAGUCACAUACAACAAGAGUAUACACCUCCAUAAUUGAAGAGCAAAAUACAGCGAAUGAAUCGCAAAAAGGGCAAAAAGCUGAAACUCAAUCAGAACCCAUUACAUCCUCAGUUAUAAUAAAUGUUACAAGUGAAGUGAUAUUUAUUGACGAAGUAGACUCUCUUCUAUCCCAAAGAUCUGACACAGAACAUGAAAGUUCUCGUAGAAUCAAAACGGAAUUUCUCGUCCAAUUAGACGGAGCUACAACAGAUAAUGAAGAGAGGAUUCUUGUUAUUGGGGCAACAAACAGGCCUCAGGAAUUAGAUGAGGCAGCUCGUCGAAGAUUCGUUAAAAGGUUAUACAUACCACUGCCAGAAUAUGAGGACCCAAACAAAAGACAAAUUCAACAGCUGCUCAAAACAUGA